AGGGACGAUAACUUUUUAGAUAAAACAUACUGCACAUGGCCUGACCUUGCUGAAACGAAAGCCGCUUACCAAGCUGCUAAGGAAAGAAAGCCACAUCUUAUGUUGGUGAUGGAUCUUCCUGAUAAAGCACAGGAAGGAAAGCUAGCAGUAUCUGAAGUCUUUCACAUUAUCUACUAUAUGUGGUCAGCAAUGAAACGCGAUAUCAUUACUACCAAGGCUACUGAAUCGCUUGAAGAAGUCGGAUUGCCUGAUGAUUCUACAUUUCAGCUAAUACAUCCUGUACUUGCUUUCUCAGUGCUUGAAACGGCCCAUGGUCGAUUCAUACAAGCUUAUUUUGAUGGGAAACUGAAAAUUCAAUAUAGUGAAUAUCAGGAUUUUAAUGCGCCACAGUUUCCACAACUCUUUGAGACAACCUUGAGAUGGUGUAACUCUAUUCCGUGCGGAGAUACUAUGUCUAUAAAACCAGAAGACCUCAUAAAGCAUAUGGGAGCUCUUCAGUUUAGAUAGUGGUACUGAGAUAGUUGUUUUUAGAGGUUUUCUUCAAGGGAGCACCAGAAAAGAAGUGUCUAUAAUUAAGGGUGCCUAAGGGGACUUCGCGAGGACAGAUUCUAAAUUUGUUUAGAGAUAAUUG